CAUAGAAAUUUAAGAAUUAUGCGAAAUACUUGUUUGAAUCCAUUUCAAUGCAGCGAAAAUUAUGUGAUUGAAGCUGGAAAUGCAUUUCGAAAUGCUGUUUUGAAUUGCAUUGGAGGGCUUCAAAAUCACUACGGCGAUCCUGCAGAUUUGCAUUCAUUUGUUGUGUGUGGUAAAAUGGAUCACAACGGAAAAGUGUUUUUGGAUUAUAUGCCAUCAUUCUCAAAACCACAGUUUCAAUAUCAUGUUGUCUUGGCAAUGAAAUGUUGCAACGAGCAAGAUUUUAUACGUUUCAGAUAUGUUCAGAAGUACACCAGUAAUACGCUUCUCCUACAGACGAAUGCGCAAACGAAGAUGAUGCAUUUCCUUAAUAAUACAAAGGAUAUUAUAUCUAUGGCAGUUUACAAAAGAGAUCUGAUUGGUCAAAAGUUAUUUGAUGUUCACAUGAAAGUCAUUGAAGUCUUAAGAUAUCAUCACUUAGAAGGUGCAAAAGCUGCCGACUAUAUUGACUAUCCAGAAUGUCAAACAUAUUUCUUAUAUGGAGACGAAAGACAUGCUUAUCUUUCUCAUGUUUUCACCAAACAUCCUGAUUUUCACCAGGUGAUACAACUAAAUGAGAUACCACAGUACGUUUCAAAUCAACUACUGGAUUAUGGAGUUAUUAUUAAAAUUCAAAAUAUUGAUGGACAGCCAGUAAUAAUUAAAAAUGCUGUUCAAGAUCCCCUUACUCAAGACGAAUAUACAGUUGGCUUUAAAGGUUUUCGAAAUGCUGAUUGUCAAACUACGAUCAAAUUUAGUAAGAAAACUGCAAAGAAAUGGUUUAAUGGAAAUUUGUGACAUGAAAUAUGCAAUUAAGAUACACAUUUGCAUGAUGACAACAGAUGUGUGAGGGAGGUUCCAUUAAAUUUAUAAAAGAAAUUGUAAGAUAAUUUUUUAUUUAAACGAAACUGUGACAGAGAAUUUGUGAUUUAAGACGCAUAGUUUCCUUGAAGAACGAUUGGUUAAACGAAAAAAAUUCUUGGCGGGUUACACGCGAAGUAAAAAUAAUUAAUUCAGUAUUUUUGACGAUGAGAUAGUGCAUUUUACGACGUAAGGUAAAAAAUACUUUUUGAGAAAAAGGGGUAAACAAUAUGCAGAAAUCAGCUAUUCUGUUAAAAGUCGGAACAGAUAUGGUCUUUAUCUAAAAAAUUUUCUCUCUUGCACAGUGGCCUGAGUUAUUAAAUUUAAAGUAAGUCUUGUUAACUUAUCAAAAUCUUUUGACUUUGCAGCGUUCUCUUUUUUAUAAUAGAUAGCUAAAUUUAUAUUUAAAAUUUACAUUGUUAAUAUUUUGUUUAUUUGUAGUUUAAUAUUAUUAUAAAAUUAUAUGUAUUUAUUCCUUAAAAUUUAUCCGCAUUAAUAAAUAGAGUGGGGAGGGGGCAAUCGUUCAAUUUUUGAAAAAUAGGCUAUCCGCACUAAUUAAAGGUUGCACUAAAUUAGUAGUUUUACGGUAGGAUUUUCAGUUUUUACGGCUUUUCCAGUCAGAGAGGAAGCACCCAUAUGUUCGCAAGCUCUAACUUUCAAAUGUCGCACGGUUUUGCCGUAAUAGAUGGCGUUGCAGCCAUUGCACUUAAGCGAUAAACGACGUUUAAAUGCUUAGCGGUUCUCAAAUCUGAAAAAGUCGCCAAUUCUGAUGUUGAACUUUGUUUUUGAUUAUGGCCGAAAUGUCUUUAAAAAAAGUUGUGGUUCUUUUUCCCUUUCAAACUACGGCUAUUUUUAAAUGCAGAUAUCAGAUUGUUUUGAAACAUUAGGAACUUUCAAAUCAAAACACAACACCCAGUUAAUUUGAUAUUGCUAUAUAACUCAAUGUUUUGAUUAUUUUUGACAUCCAGUGCUCAAAGGACAGCAAACUGUCAUAAACACACAAAGUCGAGCGAAAACAUGUGUUAGUUGGCUUGUGUCACCCAAGCCCAAGAGUGUACCUUCGUGAUACAUGUAGUAAAAUUGUCAAAUCAAGCAAAUUAUAAAAGAAGAAACUACCUGCCUUCUGAAAAUUAUUUUCGUGUUAAGAUGCGGCAGAAUUUCUUUAAAUAAAAUAAAAUAAAAUUGUCUGCGUGCAGGCAAGGACAAUACGAAAAGAAAAUUAUGCUUGAAAAC